CGCCGGGCGGCCCAUUUCCUCCUGGGAGCCGGACGGGCGGGAGACAAAGCGGCGGCCGUCGGCUUGGCGCCUCCGGAGUCGUCCCGCGCUCGCCUUCGCUCGCCGCAGAAAUGACUGCCGUCCACACGGGCAACAUAAACUUCAAAUGGGACCCAAAAAGUCUAGAGAUCAGGACUCUGGCUGUUGAGCGACUAUUGGAGCCUCUUGUUACACAGGUGACAACCCUGGUAAACACCAACAGUAAAGGGCCCUCUAAUAAGAAGAGAGGCCGUUCUAAGAAGGCCCAUGUUUUGGCUGCAUCUGUUGAACAAGCAACUGAGAAUUUUUUGGAAAAGGGGGAUAAAAUUGCAAAAGAGAGUCAAUUUCUCAAGGAGGAGCUUGUGGCUGCUGUAGAAGAUGUUAGAAAACAAGGAGAUUUGAUGAAGAGCGCUGCUGGGGAGUUUGCGGAUGAUCCAUGCUCUUCUGUGAAGCGAGGGAACAUGGUGCGAGCAGCCCGAGCUCUGCUCUCUGCUGUUACUCGGCUCCUGAUCCUGGCUGACAUGGCAGAUGUCUACAAAUUACUUGUUCAGCUGAAAGUUGUGGAAGAUGGUAUAUUGAAAUUGAGGAAUGCUGGCAACGAGCAAGACUUAGGGAUACAGUACAAAGCUCUGAAACCGGAAGUGGACAAGUUGAACAUUAUGGCAGCGAAAAGACAACAGGAACUGAAAGAUGUGGGCCAUCGUGAUCAGAUGGCUGCAGCUAGAGGAAUCCUGCAGAAAAAUGUUCCAAUCCUUUAUACUGCAUCCCAGGCAUGCUUACAGCACCCUGAUGUUGCAGCCUAUAAAGCCAACCGGGACUUGAUAUACAAGCAGCUACAACAAGCUGUCACAGGCAUUUCUAAUGCAGCUCAGGCUACUGCAUCGGAUGAUGCCUCCCAACACCAGGGUGGUGGCGGCGGAGAGCUUGCAUAUGCUCUCAACAACUUUGAUAAACAAAUCAUUGUGGAUCCCUUGAGCUUCAGCGAGGAGCGCUUUAGGCCUUCACUGGAGGAGCGUCUGGAAAGCAUUAUUAGUGGAGCUGCCCUGAUGGCUGACUCAUCCUGCACGCGUGAUGACCGGCGUGAGCGCAUUGUGGCAGAGUGUAACGCUGUCCGCCAGGCUCUACAGGACCUGCUCUCAGAGUACAUGGGCAACGCUGGACGCAAAGAAAGAAGUGACGCGCUCAACUCUGCAAUAGAUAAAAUGACCAAGAAGACAAGGGACCUGCGCAGACAGCUUCGCAAAGCUGUCAUGGACCAUGUGUCAGAUUCUUUCCUGGAGACCAACGUCCCGCUUUUAGUCCUCAUUGAAGCUGCAAAGAAUGGAAAUGAGAAAGAAGUUAAGGAAUAUGCCCAAGUUUUCCGUGAACAUGCCAACAAACUGAUUGAGGUUGCCAACUUGGCCUGUUCAAUCUCCAAUAAUGAAGAAGGUGUAAAGCUCGUCCGAAUGUCUGCAAGCCAGUUAGAAGCACUCUGUCCUCAGGUUAUCAAUGCCGCAUUGGCCUUAGCAGCAAAGCCACAGAGUAAACUGGCCCAAGAGAACAUGGAUCUUUUUAAAGAGCAGUGGGAAAAACAAGUCCGAGUCCUCACAGAUGCUGUUGAUGACAUUACUUCUAUUGAUGACUUCUUGGCUGUCUCAGAGAAUCACAUUUUGGAGGAUGUGAACAAAUGUGUCAUUGCUCUCCAAGAGAAAGAUGUGGAUGGCCUGGACCGUACUGCUGGCGCCAUUCGAGGCCGGGCAGCUCGGGUCAUCCAUGUGGUCACCUCAGAGAUGGACAACUACGAGCCAGGAGUUUACACAGAGAAGGUUCUGGAAGCCACCAAGCUGCUCUCCAACACAGUCAUGCCACGGUUCACUGAGCAAGUGGAAGCAGCUGUGGAAGCCCUCAGCUCAGACCCAGCGCAGCCUAUGGAUGAGAACGAGUUCAUCGAUGCCUCCCGUCUGGUGUACGACGGCAUCCGCGACAUCAGGAAAGCAGUGCUGAUGAUCAGGACCCCCGAGGAAUUGGAUGACUCUGACUUUGAGACAGAAGAUUUUGAUGUCAGAAGUAGGACAAGUGUUCAGACAGAAGACGACCAACUGAUAGCUGGACAAAGUGCCCGGGCGAUCAUGGCCCAGCUUCCUCAGGAGCAAAAAGCAAAGAUUGCCGAACAGGUGGCCAGCUUCCAGGAAGAAAAGAGCAAGCUGGAUGCCGAAGUGUCCAAGUGGGAUGACAGCGGCAAUGACAUCAUCGUGCUGGCCAAGCAGAUGUGCAUGAUUAUGAUGGAGAUGACGGACUUCACCCGAGGCAAAGGACCACUCAAAAAUACGUCAGAUGUGAUCAGUGCUGCCAAGAAAAUCGCCGAGGCCGGGUCCAGGAUGGAUAAGCUUGGCCGAACAAUCGCAGAUCAUUGCCCAGACUCGGCCUGCAAGCAGGACCUGCUGGCCUACCUUCAGCGCAUCGCUCUCUACUGCCACCAGCUCAACAUCUGCAGCAAGGUCAAGGCUGAAGUGCAGAACCUCGGCGGGGAGCUUGUCGUCUCUGGGGUGGACAGCGCCAUGUCCCUGAUCCAGGCAGCCAAGAACUUGAUGAACGCAGUCGUGCAGACAGUGAAAGCUUCCUAUGUGGCUUCCACCAAGUACCAGAAGUCCCAGGGCAUGGCCUCCCUCAACCUUCCUGCCGUGUCCUGGAAGAUGAAGGCCCCUGAGAAGAAGCCCUUGGUGAAGAGAGAGAAGCAGGAUGAGACGCAGACCAAGAUUAAGCGAGCCUCUCAGAAGAAGCAUGUGAGCCCUGUGCAGGCCCUCAGCGAGUUCAAAGCCAUGGACAGCAUCUGAGCUGCUCCACCGUGGGGCCUGCAAGCGCUUCUUCACUCAGAUGUAUCUGCUAAGUAGAGAACACUUAGAUUCCACAGGGAGGUAGCAGAUUUCCAACUUAACCAGGUGGUGAAUUUUGCAAGGACAUGUUUGUGUUAAAGCUGAUCUUUAAAAAAAAGCUUUAGAAUUCAGAAGUAUAUUUCUAGCUAUAUUUUUAUAAGCUUAAAUGAAAAUAAAAGUUCCAUAACCAAAGAGUACCACACAAACUUCUUGGUCACAUUUCAGAGUAGGAUGAGCUGUCUGCUUUCUGGGUAGGGGUGAGGGCCGGAGCAGAGAGGUUGCCUUCAGCCCUACCAUUGGGCAGUAUGGAAUUAAAUGACCAAACGUGACCCAGGGUAAGCCACUGGGCAUCCUAAGAAACAGUCUGGAGAAGGAACCUCUUCUGAAGCAUAAACCAUAGGAAACAAUAAAACAUAAUGCAUUGUGUAGGAAAUUGAUUGCUUUCUUUAUGAAACAAAAUGGGAAUUAUAAUGCAUGGCUACAGUUACUAAUGUGCUCUGCUGCAGGACAUUAAUAGACUUGCUUUUUCGGGCUAGAAAGAUGUGAUGCUGUAAUCAGAACACGCUCCCCCUGUUAUUCCAGCGUCAAAUGCAAAUUCAUCCUCAGGCUCACUUCUAAUAACCACAGUGUUUCCUGCCUUGAGCUGUCAAAGAAUUGACAGAAUAGUGUUUGCUUAGGCAAUAAUUUAGACUCCACCUCCUUUGUGAUUACUAGAGCGAUUACCAUAGCUACAAGGUAAGAGUUUACUGUCUUAUUUAAAUUUUGUGAAUCUAACUGUUUUUUACACUAAUUUUCCCAAUAAAGUCCACUAUGAAACCAAGAAUAAGUUGUUUCUAUGUCUUCAAGAAGAGCUGCAGGCCUGUGUUCAUCAUGCCUCUGGGCCCCCCAGAGCCCCGCUUCCCAGGAUAGUUGCCUAGGGAAGGAAGGUCAGGUCAGGUCACCUUCAGGUUCAGAGGCCCAGCCUGUAUUCCCAUCUAACCAGUCUGCAGGGUUCAAGUCAGAGCCACACCAGUCACAUCAGCAUUGACCAUGACGUGGAGAUGGCUGUCUCCAUUCCCUAGCCUCACUUCCUGUCCCUCUCCAGUAGACAGUCCCUCUUGGGGCUCUUUAAGGAGGUGGCUGUAGCCAUUGUCGCCUUACUGGAGUCUCUUCUUUCUGCCAUUUUAAUCAGCUCUUGCCCCCUCAAUUGCUGUCCCCUUGUCAAGGUGACUGCCUUCCAGACUGGCCCUUUGUUACCAUCUUAUCAAACCUGCUUGUGAGGGGGACACACUUCCUGAACACACUUCCCUCCACUGUGCCUACACACACACACAGUCUCUGCUCCUGGGGUGCCUGAACCUUGUCCUUCUCCGUGUCGCUUUUCUGAUCUUACCCAGACGCCUGGCUUUAAAUGACUGAUUUGGUUUGUUAUUGAUCCCAGUCACCUUUUCUCUGGCUAAAUGCCAAAAUGAGACUGCCUUUAAAAUGUGUGCAGGGUCUGCAGUUGGGACCACCUCUGCAGUAGUCUGUUACCUCUUAGCAGACUUCCCGACAACGCCUGCAGGUCAUGAUGUCACGCUGAGAGGGCGGGGUAGGCUUCAUGGGCUGAUGUGCUUCCAAGCUUGCUCAGGGUGCCAUUGCCAGGCCCAGUUUCUUGUCGCACGGACCCUUCCAUAGAGUGACUCACAUGGCGGCAGCCCCCCCCCACCCCACCCCGUGGUCUAGUGUUCUGGAAAUCCAUUUCCCAUCAUCCCUGCUGAACUGUGCUAAUGACUGACAGGGACCUGUGGGGAUGCAUUCCAGUAGGUGGGCUGCUAUUAACAGCAUGCCCUCCCCUCUCUGGUUCCAGAGCAGUCAUCCCUGUCCCAGGGAGCGGGAGGUCUGCACAAACCUGCAGGUGACUCCACGUCACCACAUCUAGUCCUCAGUGAUGGCUGUCUUCUCAUCCCGCUGGCUUCUCCAUUCUUCAGCGUUCUGCACACAUCCCUGGCAUUCCUUCAACCUGCCAGGUGCAUCCUGAUUUACACACACACACACACACCCGGCACCCUGUGCGUUAUUUCAUUUCCUUAAGUAUACCAAGAGUCACCUUACCAGUGAGGACGCUUUACCUGCCUUCUUUGUCACCACAGUGAACAUGUCACCGUGCUUGUUUCUGCUGUUCACAUGGAGUGAUCUUGUUUGGAUGACUAAGACCUAAGUCACUUGCUGCACGUGGAAGGCUGUAGGGAGACAGGUCCCCAUCACUGACACCACCAGACCCCCUGUAGUGUUUGUAGUGGUUUUGAACAGAUCUUGCCUCAAGUUGGUUUGUAAAUACAGCGUAGGCCACCAACCAUCUGCAGAUGCUGUGGAGGGUCACACCAACACCAGUUCAUCUGCCCGGACCUUGGCAGGUGGUUCUCUGUGGGCUCACGCUGGAGCUGGGGCCUUGGCCUGGGUUUGGGCCCUGGCCUUUGGUUUGCAGCACCUGUGACCCUUGGCCAUAAGCAACAAAUCUGCUUCCCGAGCUUGGGGUGGGUGAUGAGAACGGUCAGUGGGGCUUACCUUGGGCUUCACAAGGGCUUUGACGGCCUCUGCACCUCCUACCCCUUCACAUCCUCUGCCUGAGCCUUCCUUUUGCUUUUUAGUAAUGAAGCACGUUCCUCAGGAACUUGAGGUCGACUCCUUAGAGAUCCAUCUGUGUGAUGGGUUUCCGGAUCUCCUCUCUGUGCUCUCCGGACUGGUCGUGUGUGGUGUAGUUCUUGGCCAGCUCUGCACUGUGACCCUGCAGUGCCCCAAGGGCAUGGGACUGGAGGAGGAGGAGCCUUGUAUGUUACUGCCAUAGCUUGUCAGCCGAGCUCUGCAUGCCGUCCGUCCCCAGCCAUUUCACUUGCCACACCCUAGCGAGUCCCCAGUCCCUAUGUCCGGUCUGCUUUCCAGCUCUGGCAUUGCCAUAGCCGAGUCCGAGGGCUAAGCAGCCUCGGCCACACGGAUCAAGGCCAGCUUCUGCAUCAAGCCCUUUGUGAGCCCGUGCACUUACCACCCAUGUCUGGUGUCUGAGAUUGGGGCCCUGCCAUCUGCACCACCCCCACUGCUCUCUGGGAGCCCACGGGUGUCACUUCAUGUGCUGGCACGGUCUCUGCUGUGUCCCCUGUCAAAGUUCUGGAGCUUUUUGUAAAACACUGGUAACUGAAGAAGCCAGACCAAGAUCUCGAAACAUUUGGGAUUCUUUGCAGAUCCUCGGAGUGUGAGAUAGGACUGUGUGGGGACUUUGUGACGAUCCCAGGGAGGUGCUGGUCCCUGCCCCCUGACAUUCCUCAGGACACCACCCCUCCCUACGUGGCCAUACUCCUGAUCUGGGUCCAGAAAGACAUGCUCCUCUCAACCUGGUGAGGCCUGAGUGAGCAGGACAGAAGCCCCUAUUCUGCAUGUCACCUCCCUGUCAUGCUGCUUCGCCCCUCUGAUCUGCUCCCCACCGCAGAGCACCCAGGCCUCCCCCCUCCCCCCGGGGUCUGCCUUCCACAGGCUGACUACCCUCUCCAACCACCCUGCCACCUUCUGUGCCCUGUCCCCAACUUAACCGUGCACCCACUGCUCAGCUGCCAGGCCGCAGGAAGGAGGGAGCUGCUGUGCCGAGCAUACCAGAGUCCUCAUCCAGUCCUCAGCAUGUCACCACAGCUACAACAUGGCAGGCGACAUGUUCUCAUGUUCUCAUCUCUUGAGCCCGCGAGCUGAGGAAGCAGAUGCAGAGUCCAAGCCCCUCAUCCAAGGCACCUGGCACCAAGUUGCUUGACCCCACUACCACCUUUAAGGUAGUCCCACCAACACCCCCAGGUUCCAGCCAGCCCUGAGCUUCAGUUAUGGGGUCCCUGCUCUAGGCCUUUGUGGUCUCACAGGCUUCAGAUUCCUGCUCCUUUCUCAGCUCAUCCUUGACACGUGGGCUGCUGCCAUGGUACCGGACUCAGCCCUGAGUCUGCUGCUCCUGUCUGUCCCACCAUGACGGCGUACAGGCCCGAGGUGCCCACACAGUGCCCGCUGCCGAAAUGUCCAGGGCAGGGCCAGGAGAGGUUCCACCUCUACACUCCAUCAUUUACAGGCGGUAAAGCAUGCCUUGUCCACUCUGCACUCUCGUACCUCAGCCAGCCUGUGCCCCCAGCAGAUGACGUGAAUGUUGUCUGACAUUUCUGUUGACCUGUUGGUCAGUGUUGCGGGGUCAGACACUCAUCAAACACUCAGGGUCAUCAAACACUCCCUCCAGUCCCUCUGCCACCAACACUGCUGUACUCACACGUACGUUUGACCGGCAGUAACAUUUUCUGCCUUUUUUUUUUUUUUAAAGUUUUGAGAUGGUCUCGCUCUGUAGACCAGGCUGGCCUGGCACUCCUAUGUAAACCAGGCUGGCCUUAAACUUUGAACAGUCGGGAACUCCCGACUCCCGAGUGUCAGAGUUACAUGUAUGGUGAGCCACCUUGGCGAGCAUCAUCGCUUUCUUAGGGUCAAGCUUCCGUCUAUGUAUGGGGUGUUCCAAUUUCUCUGGUACAGGUUCUGUUACGUCAGAUUCCUGUCCGGUCCAGAGUGCUGUCCUGAACCAGAGUUGGGAAGAACAGCACAGGACCCCAGGCUGUGCAAGUCACCCUGAGACAGGGUGAGCAGCCUCCGGAGCACAGUAUGCGGAAACGCAGCUAUGGGAAGGAGGAACCUCCGAGGCUCACUCUUGUUUUUUGCUUUUUAAAAAUUUAGGUUGGGGUGGGGCUGGAGAAAUGGUCAGUGGUUCAGAGCACAUGUUGGGGUUUGAUUCCCAGCACUCACGUGGUGGCUCAUAACCAUUGUAACCCAUUUCAGGGGAUCCAACACCUUCUUCUGGCCUCUGCAGACACUAGGCACACACAAUAUACAGACAUACAUGCAUGCAAAAUACCCACAUACAUAGUAAAUAAAAUUUUAAAUUUUAAAAAUAUAAUUAAAAUGAAAAAGUAGGUUGAAAUUUACAUGUAGUAAAACCUACUCUUUCUGAUGUCACAGGAAAGUUACACACUUCUCGUGCUAUUCCAAGAUAGUUCCAGCACACCCAUCCUCUCUGCAUAAAUGAAAUCCCCUUGUUCUUGGCCUUUAUCCUGUUACAUUUGUAUAGUGCAUCUCGGAGCACGGAGCCUUUGAGAAGCACGACUCACUGUUGUGAGCACCUUUGCUCAGUUUUCAGUAGUGAGUAGUAUUCCGUUAGAGUGUGCACAGUGUGCCCAUUCAUCCCUAUCAGGGACUGGAACUACUUCUAAUUUUUUUUUAAUACAUACAUUUUACAGACGCAUUUGAGCACAGGCUUUUGUAUAAACAGAUUUUUUGUUCAUCUCAAGUAAACACCUAGGAAGAAGGUUCUGUCAUAAGUAAUGUUCAACUGUAAGAGACUUGCAAACCUCACAACAUCACUCUGCGCCAUUUUGCAUUUCGCCAAGCAGCAGUGUGCCUGCCUCCAGCUGUUCCGACUCUGGCACUUGGCGUGCCCAGGCUGUUGGGUAUAGGCGUACGGUAUGUCUCAGUGUGGUUUAUGUGCAUUUCUCUAACAACUAAGGCUGUCGAGUGCGCCCGUGUGCUCCUCAGCCAUCUGUUUCUUUCGGUGAAAUGCCUUUUCAAAUCUUUUGUCUUUUAUCGGGUUGAUCUACAGAUGGGCUCUGAAAGUUCCUACAUAUUCUGGAUAUAAACCUUUCAUUAAAUGUGUGAUUUGUAAAGGA